AUGGCAACGACCGCCGCGACGGGGCACAGCGGCGCCCUCAUGGCGAUCCUGCUGUCCAGGCUCGCCGCCGUCAACCCCGGCGAUGCGUACACGGGUGACACGCCCGCCGCCGCCGCUGCUGCUGCCGCCGGUGGUCUCGCUAGAGACAACAGCAGUGUUGGCCUUGGCGUGGCACAGCCGGGGUCGGCGACAGCCUUGAUCGCGACCGACGAGGUGCUCCGCCGACCGCCUGCCGACAGCGCCGCUCGCGAGCACGGCGGCGGCGGCGGCGGCGGCGGCAGCAGCUGGGCGUGGAAGGCGCGGGUCGACUCCUUGCCGGUCUCCUCCAGGCUCAAGAGGUACGACUUCGUGCGCGAGCUGGGCAGUGGCAGCCACGGCACCCUUCUUCUCGUGCGGAAAAGGCCCCUCUCUGCUGCCGCCAGCAGUGGUAGCGGAGGCACUCUGGGCGCCAACAGCAGUCACGCCGGCGCCGGCCGGAGGAGAAGUAGAGGUGGGACCGGCGGUAGAGGUCUCACCCACGGUAGCAUCGGCAGCAGCGGCGGUACGUGUAGCUUUCAACCGGGAGGAAACCUACGGGUUCUGAAGGAGAGCCAUUUUCUGCCGGAGGCAGUCAACGAAGCGCGAUUGCUGUUGCUUGCUGGCGGAGGAGGAGGAAGAGGAGGAGGAACCGCUUGUGCUACUGGCAGCGGUUUUGGCUAUGAGCGACAGAUGGCGGGUGGUGGUGGUGGUGCGGGAGGUCCCGAGAUCUACGGCGGUAGUGUUGACACGGGUGACGACAUCGUGGCGACCGCCACCGCAGUCAGGGACGGUGGAGCGAUUGAAGGCCAUCAACGGGGGGAGGUGGUGAAGCUGCACGACUUCUUCGUUGAGACCGUCGGCGACCGAUCGCUGGCCUUCCUAGAGCUGGAGUACUGCGAGGGCGGGGACCUCGCGAGUCUCAUCCUCGGGAGCCGAGCCGGGGGGGGUAGUACAGCAGGAACGGAAAACUCCGCUGCGACGGCCACGCCAACCGCGGCGGCAGCGCCAGCAGGCGGGGGGGCGCUAAGAGAUUUUGCCUGUCGGUCCCGGGCGCAACCGCUGGAAGGGCUGGCCACGGCAGCGGAGCGGGAAGAGGGUACCGGCGGCGGCGGCGGCAACGCGGGAGACUUCUUAAGUGGCGGCAGAAGGAGUCUUGGUGCGGAUGGCACGGCGGCGGUGGCGGUGGCGGCCGUGGGGCAAGAUGCGAGGGCGCCGUUGUCUGGGCUCCCGGCCGCUCGGAUAGGCAGGGUGGCGCUCGGGCUCUGCGAGGGCCUGCAGCGCCUCCACGAGCGCGGCAUCCUUCACCGAGAUCUCAAGCCGGCCAACAUCCUCCUCACCAAGAACGGGGCCGUCAGGGUCGCGGACCUCGGGGUGUCCACCCGCCUCGACCCGUCCCGUCCACUCACGGAAAACGCCGCGGGAACCAUCCCGUUCAUGGCCCCGGAGGUCCGCAAGUACCUCCUCGGGUCCAAGGUCGCGUACUCGGGCAAAGCGGACGUGUGGGCCGUCGGCGCCCUCGUGUACGCCAUGGCGGUUGGGGACCCCGCCCCUGCCGAGCUAGCCACGGAGCCCCGCGAGCGGCUGGUUGCCGCCAUAGGUCUCCGGACGGGCAGCGAGGCGCUCUCGCUCGCGGCGCACCGGGCCUUAGACCCCGACCCUUCCCGCAGGCCUUCCGUUCAUCAGAUGACGAGCAUGCUGCAAAGUUGCUGCGAACGCGAGGGCUGGCUCUCUAUACGUAAGCACACCCCGGGAUCGAGAGGGCAAGGGCUGGUCCCCAGGGCGAGGCUCUGAAUGUCGCCGGCAGCCUCGUGUGAAUAAAAAACGUGCAACAUUUUGUGAUGUGUUCUUUGUUAUUUGCUAAACACAAAGCUGUGAUGUGUGUGUGUUGUUCUUGGCCUAUGGGUUGUAAUCGUGUGCAGUUUAUAGGCAGAUAACUGCAAGGGUUGACUGCCCGUUAGCGUUUUGAAACAAUUGAAGAGGAUUAUUGUUGUUGGAUACUUCAUGGCGCGAGUACUGUGCUACAGGCACCCUACUUUGGUAUCCGGAAGUGUCUCCCCCCAGCUGUAGAAAACAACCCGCAAAAAAAACCGCGGAAAAUAACCGCGAGGUGCAUAAAAAGCAUGCGCCGUUGAACUUUGUUGUACCCACGUUGAAAGAGGCGGCGGGGGUAGGCAAGGGCGAUGUGUAGAGCUGUGAAUCCCCCCGUUCCCACGGUAUAUUGUUGUACGGUACGGUACGGUGCGCGGGUUUGGUCAUCCCGCGGAUGUUUGUUGCCUUUCGUGGAACCGACCCUGCUGUUGCUGGCAAGUCCGCACGAGGGAUUUUGGUCCGUUUUUUGUCAACAGGGUCGGCAUGAGUGCUGUUGUGUGUGUGUUUGUACACUGAGAAUCAUCAACCGCGCGCUACUGACCAAUGACCAUACGUCAGUCGUGUAGGGCGGUUGUGGAUUUU